UGCCGUAGUAAUUUUCAGGUCACAGGGUCUGUGGUACUGUUUGUUUUUAUUUCACUGUAAGACCUUUACAAACAUAUUAAAUAUGAUGUCAUACACAUUACUCUUUAUAUAUGGUGUAUAGAAAGGGAAAACAAGCUCUCGUUCGGUUUGUAAAUGUAAGCACUGUAUUUAGUUAAGCGACAUUACCACGCAUAGGUUUUGUUGUAACUUGCGUUGUUUUGGUUUUGUUGACCAGAAGACAGGUGUAAGAUGAAUAUUAUGAGUGAUUCGCACUUGACCCCCGUGCCUGUUGAGCAGGCGGUUUUGCAGACGUUCUUCUCUCAGCUCGGGAUCUUUUCGUAUGACAGAGCCAAGGACUAUGUGGAGAAGGAGAAGGAAAGCAGUAAGACCGCCGGGGCUAGCUGGGCAUCGGUACUGGCAGCACUGGCUCACCUGGCAGCCGCAGAGAAGGCCUAUCACAACAUGACAUUUCUGGGACAAAAGCUAGGUGGCCAGUCUUUUUUCAGCCGAAAGGAUUCCAUCAGGACGAUAUACACGUCGCUGCAUAAUGAGCUCAAGAAGGUGGUGACGACAGGACGCAAUGCAGUGGGGGGGACAGCACCCCAUCUCGAAGAGCUUCUUUCUCACCUGUCCGAACAGCUCUGCUAUUUCAUUCAAGCCCGAAUGGAAAUUGCUGACUUCUAUGAAAAGAUGUACUCCCUUAGCAGUCAGAAAUCUGUCAACUCUGAGGAGCUGGUGAGCACGCUGGAAUCUGUUCUGCACAAGUACAGUUCAAGAUUUCACCAUCCAAUCCUGAGCCCCUUAGAAAGCAGUUUCCAACUGGAGGUGGAUGUGCUGACCCAGCUGCUGAAGUGCCAGGCUCAGAUUUCCGAAUGGAAGUUCCUGCCAUCCCUUCUCAACCUGCACAGCGCCCACUCCAAGCUGCACAGCUGGAGCCAGAUCUUCGAGAAACAGCGAGAGACCAGGAAACACCUGUUCGGCGGGCAGAUACAGAAAGCCGUACAGCCCCCACACCUCUUCCUGUGGCUUCUGAAGUUCAAAAACAUACUCCUGGCCAAGUUCAGCUUCUACUUCCAUGAGGCCCUAAGUCGACAGACCACACUGUCUGAGAUGAAGACGGUGACUGCCAAGACAGCCCCAGAUUACUUUGGGAAGAUCUCCAGCUUCAUCCGCAAGUACGACGUGGUUAAUGUAUCGCUCAUCUUCGACAACCGAGGUUCAGAGAGCUUUCAGGGCCAUGGGUACCACCACCCCCACUCCUACAGAGAAGCCCCCAAGGGGGUGGACCAGUAUCCGGCUGUAGUAUCGCUGCCCAAUGACCGGCCAGUGAUGCACUGGCCCAAUGUGAUCAUGAUUAUGAGUGAUCGAGCCGCGGACCUCAAUAUGCUGGACAAGGUGGUGCAUUUCUUUGACGACAAGGUUCAGAGCACCUACUACCUGACUCGACCUGAGCCUCACUUCACCAUCAUUGUCAUUUUCGAAUCAAAAAAGUCUGAGAAAGACUCCCACUUUAUCUCUUUUUUGCAGGAGCUCUCCAGCUCCCUCAAGAACUCUAAGCCGUUUUCUAGUUUGAAACCGGGAUCAAAGGGAUGAAGAGUGUAAGUGCAGCACAAUGAGCAAAAUCAGGCUAUUGCUUGUAUUGGAUUAUUAGAAUUAUUUAAGAGUUGCAUACAUGAGAUUCUGGGGAUAGAUGUA